UUGCUAUUACCAUAGUGUCUUAUAUACGGAGGCUGGCUUGACCGCGUUUUGGAGUCUCAGGCUGGUUUGACCGCAGUAAAACGCUUGGGAUGUCUCAAGUAUGUAGCAAGUGCACCCCGUUUACUCACCUUUAACAGCAGUCCGAGAGCCACGCAACGUUCGUACAAAAAUUUAUGAUUACAGCAGGCAUCUUCCAGACUGGUGGGAUGAAUAGCCCUUUGACAGACCCAUCUUCAAGAGAUUGUGGCUGUGAUAAGAACAGUAAUAUACACCACCUACUAGAUCCCCCUUCAGAUGUCAGUCUUCCUGGAUUACUUCCUUAUCCUCCCCAGCGUACUGUCCAGCAAGGAAUGAUAGACCCUCUCAGUUUAAGCUUCCACUGUCCAUGUCAGUUCACUCAGUGUCAACUGACUUAUUCAGACUACUGCACGGAGCCCCAAUUAUGCCAGUAUUGCCACCUCACUGGCCCAGUGCCUGGUCUACCAGAAGGAAGCCAUCCCAACUCAGUUUUUGCUCCUUGGUUUACUAGUGAACCCAUUCUUUGCAGCAUGAUGGCAGGGGACUUGCAUGCCCCUGUAGCCAAUAGCUGUGUACCACAAGCUCUGGACCAUCAGCAGCUUCAUGAGGGACUGACUGAAUUUACAUCGCACCUCACACAGUCUGUGGUGUGUAAUGUCGGUGGAGGUGGACCGGUUGUGUUGGUUAAUCCCUUUGAUCCCAAACCUGUGUUCCUUGCCCUGAAAUCUACAACACAACAAGGAGAUGUCAGCCAAACUAAAGAGAAAGGUGUGAGUGCAUUGGGGACUCUCAGCCAGCUUCCUCAGUAUCAGCAGACAACUUGUACACUGCAUGAUUCCAGAGAUGAGACAGUGAACAUGCACCCUCAACCCCCUACAGCACAAACUGUUGCAACUUUGUGUGAGUCAAAGUGCCGGAAACCCUGUCACUGCACCAGAUCCCAGUGCCUCAAACUCUACUGUGAGUGUUUUGCCAAUGGUGUGAUGUGCAGCAACUGUGACUGCUCUAACUGCCACAACAAUCCAGAGCAUGAGUUGAAGCGUCACAACGCAAUUAAGUCGUGUUUAGGUCGUAAUCCAGAUGCCUUCAGGUCUAAGAUUGCUGGUGGGAAAUCAGGACAGGCCAAAGGCCGGCACAACAAAGGCUGCAACUGUAAACGCUCUGGCUGCCUUAAGAACUACUGCGAGUGCUAUGAGGCCAACAUCAAAUGUACCACCAGCUGUAAAUGUGUUGGCUGCAGAAACUAUGAGCACUCAGAAACUGGCCUCAAAGAGAAGACUGUCAAUGUCAAGGACAAAUGGCAUGUAUCAGUGAUAACCCCUGCUGUUGUGGAGGCUGUGUGCAUCUGUCUGCUGGCCCAGGCUGAGGAGGCUGAGAGGGAUGUCCAGAACCUUGCCCUCGCUGAACGCAUGGUCCUGGAUGAGUUUGAGCAUUGUCUCAAACAGAUUGUCAAGGCCAUGUUCAAGAAAAAUGCAUAAUAAUAGCUGAGAAUUAUACUGUGGAGACAUCUCUGGGUCAGAACCUCACCUGGUUAGGAUCUAAGAAAAGCCCUGUGUUUUUAACUAGACUAAUAUGGAUAUUUAAAUUCAUACACUGGGGUUGAGAACAUUUAGAGAUCGUUUGAUUGUUGAUUUUCUUUUUAAUCUGUGACUGCAAAAUUGCCUUAAUUUUACAACUACACCCUCAUAACUUAUUCUUAGAAGCUUUACAGCUAAAUAUGAAAGUCUAGUCAAUAUUGGUGUGCUCCUGAAGGGAGGGAAUUUUUUUGUUUUAUUGUUAAAACAUCUGUUGGAGUGAGCAUUCAACAUUUAGAGGCAGCAUGGAUGAAAACAUUCAGUAGUUUAUACAGUAAAUACUGUAAAAUAUUCUAAUAAGUCAUUGUCUUCUGUAACACAUUGCUGUUGUUUAGAAAUAACAAUAAAAUGUAUUGACCAAUCUGCAAUGUAAAUCCAUCUGAAAAAUGUUGAAAAUUAAUUUAUUUAUUCUUUUGUAUUCAGUUUUGCUAUUGUUGUUAUUGUUAUGUAAUGACAUAUUGUUUAUGUAUUUACUUAUUUACUUUGUGAUUAGACUUCAGAAGAAUUGAAUUUCUUGGCUCAACAGAUACACUUAUUUAUUUAUUUAUUUAUUUAUAAGGACACUACACAUUUAUCAACAUUCUUGUAAAUGUGAAAGUGUUAGCCAGCUCAUUAAUUUCAGCUGCAGUUCUUUUGCAACCAAAAUAAAGCAAUAUUUAUAACAUCUGA